AUGUCGUACAUGCGCGGUCCAUCGGCCACUGGCGACCGAGGAUACACCAACGGAGACGGCUACCAGUUCCCACGUCGCUACGACCUCGACACGACCACCAGAGACAACAGCGCGGAUGGAAGGAGUCGGUCGAGGGGUCCUGCUGCUGGAGGAGGCUACGGUGGACUGGGAAGAGCCACAGACGACUUCGUCCCUCGAGUGGGCAGUCCGGCGCGACUCGACCGCAGCAAGAGAGCCAGUGGAGAGGGCAGAGCAUUCAGCAGGAGUCGGAGCAGAGCUGCCUCCCAGAUGCGCAACGCCGAGAACAGCAAGCAGGUCGAGGACAUCUUGCGCUACAUCGACCGUCACUGGAGCCAGAUGGCGAACGAGUCGUGCGUCCCUGUCAAGGUCGCCCUACAACUCAUGGACCAGAGCUCUCUCGGUCUGGCCGACCAGUACCACAGUUUCCAGGACACGCACCAACAACUGCAGAAUGCUCUCAAGGCCAUCGUCAACCAGCACCAUCAAGGCUUCAACUCGUCCAUCGGUACUUUCCAUCAGAUCCAAGCCAGCAUUCAGUCAUCGCAGCAAAGAGUCCGUACCUUGAAACAGUCCCUCGUCCAGGCCAAAGGAAACCUUCGUACUACUCGUCCCGAACUCAAAGCCUUUGCUCAGUCGAGUCAGAGCUAUGAUCACAUGCUGCAGACCCUGGCUUACAUCGAGCAACUCCAACUCAUGCCCGAGAAGCUCGAAGCUCAAAUCUCCGAGAAGCGCUUCCUUGGUGCUGUCGAGACAUUACAAGACGCCCUCAAACUCAUGCACAAACCCGACAUGGAAGACAUUGGCGCUCUGAGUGACUUGCGUGUCUACUUCAGCAACCAAGAACAUUCCAUCACCGACAUACUCAUCCAGGAACUACACAGCCAUCUCUACCUCAAAAGCCCUUAUUGCGAAGAGCGAUGGAAGCAAUACACCACCCGCUCCGCUACCACUGGCACUGCCUCGUUCGAGAUUGAAGGCCGUCAGCUUUACCGCUUCCUCGAGUCCUUCGACCCUACACAAAUCUUGACCGAAGACACAUCUCGCAACCCUGAAGCAGACACUUUCUCGUAUAUCCAACUUCUGGUCGAAGCACUAGACCGCAUGUCGCGUCUGGAUCUCGCAAUCGACCAGAUCGAACAAAGACUACCUGUUGAGCUGUUCCGUGUCGUCGAGAGAUCAUACACCGAGGUUGAGCAAAACUAUCCCGGCAUAAUUCGUGGCGCUGCAAAACAACAACACUUCCAGCUCGACAAUAUCAACGCUGACAUCAACCAAGACAAGAAGAUGAUCCUCGAAGAUAUGCUGUCAACGCUAUACGCCAAGUUCGAGGCCAUCGCAGAAGGUCAUCGUGUUCUCCAUGAAGUCAUCGGUGGUAUAUUGUCCCGCCAAGGCAGUGACGAACCUGCUCUGCUCCGCAGCUUCCGUGAGCUCUGGAAGCUGUAUCAGAGUGAGAUCCGUAGUCUACUGCAUGACCAUUUGGCUGCUAGUGGUAGCCCCGAAAACUCAUCACAUCCUGAACACCACCAUGCAACAAACAUGUUCAAGCCGCAUGUGAGAGAUCGCAACAAGCGCUUGUUCAAAUUGGCAGACACGGACAGCAAGUCGACUGAACUGACGAUCGAGAAGGAGGAUCUCGAUUUCAUCCUCAAGUCUUCAGUCCCUGGCCUGGCAGCUACUGGGACAACGCCUGCUACAAAAGAUGCCGAGAAUGAGAAGAAUGAGGAUCGCUCAGCAACUGGCCAUAAAUUGUUGGUUGAGCCAAGCGUCUUCAACAUGGGUAUCCUGCUACCCCCUUCGCUGUCCUUCUUGACAAGGUUGAAGGACAUCGUACCGCCGAGCUCGGAGAUCGUCUUGAGCACUCUCACCUCUUUCCUCGACGACUUUUUGAUAAACGUCUUCCUCCCACAAUUGGAAGAAGCACUGACAGACAUGUGCAUGGCCGCCUCUGCCGAGAGCGAUGCCUUCCAGCAAGAUCCCAAAUGGCAAGUGCGAGCACAGAAACCAGUAUUUAGAGGCACGUCCAACUUCCUCGACCUGAUCAAAGCCUUUUGCAUGCUGUUGGACAGCCUGCCCCACGAUCAAGCCUUCAGUCAACUGGUGAUGGCACAAAUGCGCAUCCACUACGACAAAUGCUACAACUGGUACCGCGCACUGGUCAUGCGACCACAACAGGACUCUAGCCAAGAAAGAAAGCCCAAGCGCUCGGCCGCUCUCGCAGAAUAUAACGCAGACAUGCGGGAUGCAGUAGCCACUCUCCUCGCCCACGAAGCCGAAAAUGCCGAUGAUGUCCAACGAUUGAUGCAAGAACAAACCGCAUCUCUUAUCGCCAAUGUCAAAACUUCGCCUCUUACCGAUGCAGAUCUCAUCCUCGAUAGAAAAUGCAUUGGGAGUUUGUGCGUCUUAUACAACAGCACGCGCUGGUUCGUCGCCCACGCAACCCAACUCCGCCACAUGAGCAGUUCAAUGAGCAACUCCAACACCUCCACCACAUCUUCUCGCCACCAAACUCGCCGCUGGACAACACUGAUAUCGCCAAACCCGCACGCAGCAAUCUAUCUCCCACUCGACACACAGUCUUCCCGCGACUUUGACGCCAUCACAACCUCAAUGACCGAUCUUGGGUCUUUGAUCUUGCGAACACUGCACCUCGAGUUGCGUCUCCAGAUACUCAGUGGAGUGCAAAGGGCAUUAAACACUACUUAUCUGCUUGGCCAGCCUUACAAUGAUCCCGAUCCUAGUAUCUUGUUGCUGUCCAAGCAAUUACUUGAUUUGGAUGAAGAUUUAUCGUCGCAUUUGCCGUCUGCACAACAUAAGCUAUUGGUCAUGCAUCUAGCCCACCCCACCUCUAUCGCACUAACCUCCUUCACUGCCACCAUCCCCGCAAUGGACGAUUUUGGAGUCGGCCGCAUGCAUUUGAAUAUUCUGGUCUUGCAACAAGUGCUUAAAGAUAUUGAAGAGAGCAGUAGUUUGCACCCAGCAGCAGAGUUUUGGAGUUGGAUNGGAGCGGAAACCGGGGUGCUUGCGCAGGCGGUACAAAGGGGGAGGUGA